UGCUUUAUUUUUCCGAUAGCAGUCACAAAUCUAUCUUGCUAUUGCUUUUCAGAUAUUUUCACGUAGUUUCAUGCCAUUAUUUCAAUAAAAAUUGGGCAUGCCGCCCCAUUUAGCAAGGUGAAAGGGUGGAAACCAGAAUGGCAGUAUCAAGAAUCUUAAAGCUUUGAGAUCGAGAUAUCUGGCAUUCGGGUGAAAAUCUUAAAGCUUCAGCAACCUCGAAGUAGAUUGGCCGUUGGCAAAUGUUGUAAAUGACUAGAGAUCUUGGAGAAUCAACAACUUCAGGAUCUCCUAAUUCUUCCAUCCCUGCUAAUAAUACAAAUAGCAAUGAUGCUGGGAGUUUUGAAUGCAACAUCUGCUUUGAAUUAGCACAAGAUCCAAUAGUUACACUCUGCGGCCACCUCUACUGUUGGCCCUGCCUUUACCAAUGGCUCCAUGGUCAUGCCCAAUCCUCUGAAUGUCCAGUCUGCAAGGCAUUCAUCGAAGAGGAUAAGCUAGUUCCUCUUUAUGGACGGGGAAUUCCCAUGGAUCCACGAUCUAAAUCAAACUCAAAUGUCAACAUUCCCCAUCGUCCAGUUGGCCAAAGGCCUGCAACAGCUCAGAGACCUGCAUUGCCUCCUCCGCACAGUCUGAAUCAAUUUGCUCAGAUGAAUCCAUGGUUCAUGGGUGGGACACCUAUGGGUGGUGCAAGAUUUGGGAACUACACUUUCUCUGCUGUGAUUUGCGGUCUAUUUCCAUUACUGAAUUUCCAGGUGCAUGGAUUUCCAGUUACAACUUCAUAUGGGCCUGUUGCUGGCUUCCCAUAUGGUUAUCCUCAUGGAGGGCAUGCUUAUGGUUACCCGCGGCAAGUGGCUCAUGGGCUGGAGCUUGAUGUGUAUCUCAAGGUGCUUUUGAUCAUGGUUGGUGCUCUUGUAAUUGCUUAUCUUGUUUGGCUUAGUUGACUGUGAUUUUUAAUGAUGUAUUCCAAAUAUUCAUUAAAGGAUCCAUCCUGCCAUCUAAUGUUGAAUGCAUCCAAGUACCAUCGGUUUUCUGAUAUAAGUAGAAGGCCAAAUCUAAGUAGUUAGGAUAAUGCUAAUGUUUGUGGAUGAUGAUGUAGCCUAGUUUAGUAAUCAUAAAAUAAUUCACAUUCGUUCAA